CAAUUGAGGCUGUUCAAAGGACGACUCCUAUCUAUCUAUCUAUAUAUAUAUAUGCCCUCAGAGAGGAAGAACUGGGCAAGAAGCAAGACCAAGAAGAGACACAACACGGCAGCAUCACCCGCUUCGCUCGGAGUUUACUGUGCAGUGCAGGUUUUAAGAUGGCGUCGAAUGUCUCUAGUAUAUGUCUGAUGAAAAAUGAAACUGGUGGCACUCUAACAUUUGUGGAGUGCCGUACAAUAAAUGGCCGGAUCGGACCGAUCUCGUACCCUCAGAAGAUUUCAUCUGGCCAGUGGGCAAUGUUUGUGCACACCGGCGACUUUGAAGCCCGCUCUAAAUCUAUGGGCGCUGUCAUCUAUCAUUGCACCAAUCCGGACGGGGAAGAGUGUGAUUGGAUGAUGUCUUGGUUGAACACAUAUGGGGAACCACUCAAGGUUUAUACUGAGAUCAUGGAAAAAGGCCAUUUUAAGCGUAAUGUUUGGAAGGACAUUGAACGUAGGUUGAAGCGUGGCACUAACUUCAGCGAGGAAGAGUGGGAGGACUUCACAGCCAUUGUCGAAGAGGUGCCAAAUGAUGACUGUGAUGUAUUCGCCAUAUUCCGGGGAAUUAUUACAAACUAGAAAGUUUCAACUCAGUCGAUAUGCUCAUUCUCAUCCAUCAUAGGCAAAGCCAACGAUCUCUCUCUCUCUCUCUCUCUCUCUCUCUCUCUCUCUCGCUAUAUAUAUAUAUAUAUUUAUAUAUGUAUGCGUGGGCGAUGCAUGUACGUACCUAUAUGGUGCGUUAGUGGUUACGGUUUGUAACAUAUAAUUAGCAUCCAUCAUUGUGCGUGUGUUUGGAUGCAUUAGCAAGAUGCAAGGUUUAAUAUUGGUGUCAGUUAAUAAUAUAAUGUGUGAGAUGUUGUUGUAUUAUACAGAUAUCUGGCUUGAAUAUAUUAAUGAUUAAUAAUGAUUAUAUA